AUGCAGUUACUUAAGAACUUGGCAUGUAUCUUAAUGGCCAAAUUAACUGUCUUUGCAGAAUGUCAAAGUUCCGUUUUGGAUUUGACUCGGUCCCAGUCCUUGGAUCCCCUUAUUAACUGUACAGAAAUAAGUGGAAACCUAGUUAUCAUUGGCUUAUCGAACACCCAAUGCGGUCCAAACGGUCUUAGUCUCCCAAGACUUUUUCAAAUUUUCGGCUCUCUGACUAUAGAACAUUCCAGCUGUAAAGGCGAUCUCUCUUACUUUCUACCAAAUCUAAUUGCUAUCCAUGGGAUUUUACCUUCCCCUACUCAAUUGCUUGUUGAUGGCAAAGUUGCUAUCUCUCCUUCUCCACUUCUCAUUCACCAUACGGCUCUCUCAGGCAUUGGUCUUCGGUGUCUUCGAGUACUGGGGAAACAUGGAGUGCUUUUGAUAGACAAUCCGCAAAUGUGCUACACAGACACUGUUGGUUGGCAUCUUCUCACUCCUUCAGUACCUCCCUCUAAGCCCCUCACCUUUAACAGUAGCAUGACAAGUCGGAGUGGUGGCAGCGUUUUGGGGCAAGAUUUAUUGCGCAAAGAGGGUCUCUUUGACUUGUGUGCUAAUGCCUGUCCAGCAAAUUGCGAGUGGGUCACCAUGAACAAUUUGCCCCGAUCUCUUUGUUGGUCCCAAGAUCAUUGUCAACGCGUUUGCAACGCUAAAUGUCGCGAUGCGUCCUUGAGUUGUUCGAUGCAGAAUACCAGCGAGUGUUGUCAUCCGAAUUGUUUGGGUGGCUGUACAGGCCCUACAGCAGGAGACUGCCUCAUUUGUCGGAAUUUUCAUUACAAUAAUAUGUGUCUUUCUUCUUGCCCUGAUGGAUUAUUUGAGCUCUACGGUCGGUACUGCGUGACCAGGGAUGCGUGUUUGUCAAAACCUGUUCCAGAGGACCUCUUUCCAUGCAUCCUUCGACAAGCGGGUCUUCAUUCCACCGGCUUUUCUAUUCAAGGGAGAACAUGUGUUCCUGUUUGUGACCCGGGUUUUCGUCGUUCACCCUCUGGGGAAUGUUGUCCUUGUGAUGCGGACUGUGAGGAUGUAAAAAGAGAUUGUGGCGACAUCGUCAUUUAUCAGCAGGCUGACCUAGCCUCUGUGAAGGAUUGCCUCAGUGCUCGAUCUGUGCUCAUCAGUAUUCGAACAGGCCAAGAUGAUCUGUCGACUUCCCUUGCUGAGGCCUUCUCCAGCCUGCGUGUCAUAUACCGCUCUCUGAGGGUCAUCCGCUCUGAUGCUCUGCUCUCUCUUUCAUUCCUUCAUCACCUAAAGAAAAUUCACGGUACUGAACCCAUUGUUAAGGAUGGGUUGGUGACUUCUGUUGAACCGCCACAUUCUUCCAUCACUGCUCUAGAGAUCACAUGGAACGGGAAUUUGGAGGACCUAUGGUUUCUCCCUCCAGGUUCACCCAAGUUAGAGAUCCUCUCCGGGAGUGUCGAAUUCAGCGCUAAUAACCGUCUUUGUCCGGAUAAGAUCCAGAAUUUUCUCAACGAAAGAGUUGUCCUUGUGACGGAGCGAGAGCUCACUCCCUCUGAACUUGAUCUCAUCAACACCUCAAAUGGAGAAUAUGCACUAUGUAACGCUAAACCUCUGAAUGUGACCGUUGUUGAAGAGCUGCAGAAUAGCGUCACUCUGAGGAUGAAUCGUAUGGCAUGGAAUGAUCCGAGGCAAAUCCUUCCCGCCAUAAUUUCUUACGGCAGAAGAUGGAAUGAGGUAGAGCUAAACUGUGGUCUCCCCCAGUCUCCCUCAUCAUUAACACAUGGAGCUUCUUCAUCGCAAUUUCGAACUGCCUCGUCACCAUCACGCGGAUCUCAUAGCGUUGUAGGUGGGGGAGGUGGAGUUGGGGAAGAGAUUUUAACUUGUCUCCUGGAUAAUCUCGCUCCUGCAACCACCUACUCCGCUUUCAUAACAAUCGCUACGCUAAGCAAACACGAGGGUGCCCAAAGUCGACGCUUCCACUUCACUACGAAGCCCGCGACUCCGUCAACUCCGACAUUUUUGCGAGCCAUAUCCGCAGGUCCCACGAGUAUUCAACUCCUGUGGAAUCCACCGAAUCGGCCAAAUGGAAAGAUUGUUGAGUACCGUAUUCGCUACCUCCAGAUGAAGCUGGAGAAAAAUGACUUCCUUUCUCGCGAUGCAUGCUACAACAGUUCCUCAUUUCCCUGUUCUGCUGUAGAUGAGGGCAGCAUUACGGUUGAUUCAGGUUAA